GGACAAGGGAUGCAGCCGUGGUGGAGGAUCGGCCGGCUCGGGCUCCGUUCAGUGUCGCUCAGGUUGCGGCGCGCGGUGGUCGUGCGUCGAGCGCGCGUGAAGUGAUGUCUGCGAGAUGAGGCUGUCCGUGGUGCUACUGUGGCUGGGCGCGGCGGCGGCGUGCGGCCCGAGCCGCGGCUCCAACCGCCGCCACCCCGCACGGCGCAUCUACCCGCUCGUGUACCGGCAGCAUGAGCCUAACUACAGCGAGAUCAACAAAUCUGCCAGCGGGCCCCCGGAGGGCCGCAUCACCAGGGAUGACGACAAGUUCAAAGACUUAGUGCCCAAUUACAACCCGGACAUCGAUUUCAAAGAUGACGAGGGAACAGGCGCCGACCGCCUCAUGACACAGAGAUGCAAAGAGAAGUUGAACACCCUGGCCAUCAGCGUGAUGAACCAGUGGCCGGGCGUGCACCUGCGGGUGAUCGAAGGCUGGGACGAAGAGAAUUCCCACGGUGACAACUCGCUCCACUACGAGGGUCGGGCGGUGGACAUCACCACCAGCGACCGCGACACCAGCAAGGUGGGCAUGCUGGCACGGCUCGCAUACCAGGCAGGCUUCGAUUGGGUGUACUAUAGAAGCCGCUCGUACAUACACUGCUCCGUCAAAACAGAAUCGUCGAUGGGUACUGGCGCUGGUUGCUUCCCGUCCGGCGCACUGGUGCACACAGAAGAUGGUCCUCGGGACAUUGCGACAGUCAAGAAAGGAGACAGAGUUCUGGCUUCCGAUGACACCGGCAAGCUAGUAUAUUCAGAGGUGUUAACGUUCCUGGACAGAGAACCGAACACUACACGUGAAUUUAUCGAAGUGACAGCCGAGAACGGGGUCGCGAUCACGGCGACACCGUCGCACCUGCUGCUGCUGGCGGCGGCGGACGGCUGGCGGGAGGCGUUCGCGGCGCACGUGGACGUCGGCGACGUGUUACUCACGCGCGGGCCCGGCAGCGUCAUGCGGCCCUCGCGCGUCGUCCACACGCGCGUCGUCAUGAAGCGCGGCGUCUACGCGCCCAUGACCAAAGCAGGCACCAUUAUGGUCGACGACGCGCUCGCCUCCUGCUACGCCAUCGUGCGCAGCCAGUCACUAGCGCACGCCGCGAUGGCCCCCCUCCGGUGGAUGGCGCGAUGGAGCGACUCCGAAGAACUCCCGCGGGGCGUACACUGGUACGCGAGCGCCCUCUACUCUUUCGGCGACCUCAUUCUACCUACAUCCUACAAGUACCGUUGAUAUGUGAACGGAUUGUUAACGCGCGCGGGACGUGCACGUCGUUAAAAGUGUAUAUAACAAGUAUGUGUGUAAAUAUUGCGGGCGGACGGACAUUCGAACUAUUCAGUAUAACGAUUCAGUGAAUUGCGUCGACGACGAUAUACCCAAUUUAACACUAAACACGAAAUCUAUUUAUUAAGUAGUUUUAAGACCAUAUUUGCAAGUUCUGCACAUUAUUUAGUUGAAGUAUGAAUAUUUGUAAAUUGUGUCGGUAUUGUUAUUCUGCACAAUGCAGAAAUACUUAAAUGUAUGCGCUUAUGUUUUUUAAGUAACUGUAUAAAUUAGGUAUUUAUAAGCAUUAGCUAAUCCGAAUGGUCUUUCAUCUGAGGAGCUUUCCCUGAUAUGUAACAGUAUUUUCUCCAUUCGUUCUUUUGUAAUAACUGGGUGUGACUAGAGUUCUAGACAUUCCGUUGUAAUUCUAUAUUCUUCUUACUGUCGUAAGCAUUAGAAAUGAUGAAAUUGUGAUCGUGGUACCUAAAACUGUGCCUUAGGAUUUUAUUUAUUGUUAAUCAUAAGCUAUGUCUUUAUUUAAAUUUUGACGCAAUGUUCAAACUAACACAUAGAUAAAAUAAUUUAUAAUGCAUUUAUUAAUCGCUAUAGCGUAAUCUGUCGAUAUGUCUAUCAUGAACUUUCCUAUCAUAACAUCUGUUUGAUAUAUAUUUCUAAUAAAUUAAAUAUUCUUGUAAUUACUUCUAUUCUUUUGCAUGAAAGUUACUUCUUCUCUGUACCUACUUAGUGAUUGUACUCAAACAGUAACAUAUAAUUAUAAUAUAGGAGUUUAUGUCGGAUACAGAAAACUAAUUUAAGAGUAACGACGUUUCGUAUGAACAGUCGUAAGUAAUUUAUUAUUGCGUCUAGAGCUACUGGGGGCGGAUCACUUUGGAGAUCGUGUACUGAUGAUUGGGUUCCUAUAGUAUGAAUUUAGUGGAUCGUGAUCUAUUGACUGUGGAAGUGAAUUUUUCUUUAACAGAUUCUUAACUUCGGUAGACAAAUAGUUAUUCAUUUAUCACCCAAACAGAAAUCGACUGAUAUAUUCAAAUACUAAUUGAAGAAGCAUGUUAAACACACAAAUCCACAAUUUACAUUAAAACCAGUGCAACGAAAAUAUUUCACAGAAUUCCAUUUAACACAAUUGAUAGAAAAGUUAAAACUUACAUUGUGUAGAAAUUUGAUUCAACAAAAUUUAUAAUUAUAAUAUGUACCUAUUGGAAAGCUUUAACUACCUAACGUUUUGACAACGCAUUUUGCCAUAAACAUUGCCAUAUUAUAAUUUUAAUACGGGACAACGAGCUCUUGGCUCAAUUUUGUGAACAUUAACAAAGCACAAGUUACUUUACUGAAUAAGUCCAUGUGUACAAUACAUUAAAAUAUAUAUUAAGUAGACGUUUUGGCAUAAAAUGUACUUAUGUAAUUAAAACUAUUUAACACAAAAUAAGUCUGUCAAAAAAUUAUGUGUAAAAAGUGCAUUGAAAUGCUUCUUUUUGUAAAUGACCGUAGACAAUGUUUUCAGGAAUAUCAGUAUUUCUAAUAAUAAGUAAAUUUUAAAACAAACAACAAAAAUAUUACAGUGGCGGCAUUCUUUUUUGAUAGACAAUUUUUGAUGAAUUGAAUCCAUCGUGUAAAUGAAUACAAUAUGUAAUUAUUGUGCUUUUAUAUUAUUUAUUUAUUGAUGUUAUUUUUGUAUUGAUAAAAAGUCGCUUUGUAUAACA